AUGACGGGAAGAGCUUAUGCCCGUCUCGUACCGAAAAUGUACCGGCGGAAGCAUCUACCGAAAAUCGAUAGACCUUGGAGACCUAGAGUAAUAGCUUGGGCUGGUCCUUCCGCUUUUUACCCGAACAGAUUUUAUGAGCAAGAUAAAUGGUACAAAGCAAGAAUUGAUAAGCCAGAACGAUUUCCUGAACUUCAUUUGAUUGACCCUGCUAACCAUACACGCUCGUUAGUCGAAGUCAUAUCUGAAGAAAAAGCCACACCAAUCAAUAUCGGAUUCAAAUCUAAUAAGAAAGAAGUAAAUGUUCCAAAAACAUCUGAGGAGACUUCCAUUCUCGAAAGAAAGUCCAGGAACAUGGAAUUACUGAUUGAAACUCCUUCAUGCGAAGCCUCCUUGGCAUUGUACGAGCAUUUUGGAAUUUUCUCUGAUGCUUUCGGCAAAGGCACUUUCUUCGAGAACGUACAAGAUUUCGAAGUAUCUUUUGAGGAUUUCCAAGUUUAUCACGGAAACUUCAUUUCUGCUGAAUCUACACAGAGAACUCCUCAAGUCAGUAUAGGAUCUGUCAAAUCUGGAGGUUUCAAUACAUUAUUAAUGGUCAAUCUUGACGGGAACCCUUUCGAGAAAGAGGGAGAGUUAGUGCAUUGGAUGGUGUCCAAUAUUCCUGACGGAGAAGAUAUCUCCAAAGGAACUGAGCUCGCUUCGUACUUACAACCAUUACCGUUCAACGGGACAGGAUAUCAUAGAGUUGUCUUCGUAUUGUUCCGUCAUAGUCAACCCAUAGAAUCUUUAGUAUUCGGAAGUGACCUCGAGUCUAGAGCUUUAAAGCUCUCUGAAUUCUACAAAGCAAAUGAGACGAAAAUCACUCCAUCAGCUAUAUCUUUCUUCCAAACUACCUAUGAUAAAUCCGUCAUAACACAACUUCACUCAAUGGGACUGAAGUCUCCCAUCUACUCUUAUCAAUAUAACGAAGCUUUGAAGCCAAAACAGAAGGAAUUCCCAGAAAAAUCUGAGCCCUUCGACUUGUAUAUGGAUAUGUAUCGCGAUCCAAAGGAUGUUGAAGCGGAAAUGCUGGAAGAAAGACUUAAACGAGCUCAGUUGGAUGAUCAUCAGGCACCGAAAUGGCUGGAUGUUAAUUAUAACGAGAAUAAGCGGAAUCUACCUUCAUGGUUACAUCGAAGAAUGUUGCAGAGAGAAGGAAAGUAUAAAACGAUUCAUACGAACACUGUUCGAGAUUGA